GUGCAUGCGGUACAGAGCCAAACGUCGUCGAAUGGAGUGUAUUAUUUAUAUGAUGUGACAGAGACUGCGAUAAUUGAUAAAGGUAUGGGCAAAGUUCUAUAUUCCGCAGUGACACUCAACAAUGAAAAGCGUUCAUGUAGUUGUAAAUUGAAUUGUGUUCACGUUGGCUUUGAUACGACUUUUCUGGAUUAAGUUCACGGCCCACAAAUAACGAAAGUUGGUGCUCUACUUGGAAACCUGGACUAUGCACGGCAACUGCGAAAUGAAAUGGAAAUGAGAGUGGGUGAAUGCAAUUAAAAUAUGCAGUUGAAAAUACAACCGUUGCUUUCGUAUUAGACUUCCGUUAUGAUUUUGUGCGUGACACGCAGUGCAGUGUAUUCCCCUCGGUGAUGGAUGGGACGUAUGUGACAUGUCAGCCUUGUGGAUAUCUGUCAGCUGAAAAUAGAAAUUACAGUUAUGAAUUAUGAGAAAAUAAGGGUUUUGUGAUUCUGCCACACGAGAUGGCGUCUCGUCGUCGCCAAUAAAGGAUAUAAAGUCUGUAUGAUGAUGAAGUGUUACUCGUUGGAAAAUAAGGCAUGUGCUGAGUUGCAUAGCAAGAAAUGGUGUUAGAAACUUGAAUGAGAGGGAUAUUGAGGUGUCAAUGAAAUCAAGCCCUCUCUUAUUCAAUGAAAGUGAAGUGAGUAGUUACAAGUAUCUGCCAGUUCGUUUUCUCCGCCAACCGUUUACACGGGGAGCUGAACAGCAUACUUGGGCGUAACGGAUUAAUCGGCGUGACAGUACGGGCCGGAACGUACGUACGGACCAGUGGAAGACCGAAGGCGUAACGAAUACAAUAGCCAGACCACACCCAGACCGAGAACGGAAGCCACAACGUACAUCCCUUUGUGGGCGUCCCCCCCACAGGCCGCCCACCUGAUGACGCCGCCCGUGGUCCCUCCCCUGGUCCUACACACAGCUAUUAUACACCUGUUCGUAAUCUUUCCCAAUGAUACAGGUGGUUCGCCUGAGAGAUUACCAACGGCUACACGUGACAGGGCGCUCAGCUGAUCCCGAGUGACGUAUACAUGUUCCGACGAAGGGAGGAGCCCCUCGCUACCGACGGUGGAAAUUCUAUUGUUUACUGACAUGUGGUAGCCAUGACACCACCAGUGCUUUGGAACUGAAUGUGAUGCGAGAUGUAUUGAUGAUAAUCACGGGUAGUUUUCAUGAGCUCUGUUUUUUUUCCUCUUUGCAAACGAGUGAUCGGUGAAACAGAUGUUAUGCGUCGAGGCCCCUGGACACUAUGACGAGAACGUUCUUCCAGUGACACUCACAAAAGAUGCCCGACAGCGGGGGCUCAGCGCCAUGCCACCAGGGUCACAUGAGGACCUUCUCCACCGUGGAGGACACUCAUGAUCUCGGCCAUGACUCGGGGACGUGGAUGGAGGUGCCCGCCGGAGGAGGAGGCGCGCGCAACCUAGACGCCGCCCCUUUCGAUACCCGCCUAUUGAGAAAUCAAAUUCGUGGCCACGGCCAGUUUGUUACGGUUGUGGCUGUCGAGAAAGAUGACGGAGAAGAAGGAGAAGAUGAUGAUGAUGAUGGUGGGGAUGGUGACAGAGGGGGGACCUGUAGUGUCAUGGGAUCGUCCACCCUAACCUGCCAGGGUCGGCCGACCGCGACGCAGCCGGUUCCCAAAGCGGCCCCGAGGGGUUUCGUCACGGUAGUGGCCGUGGGUGCCGACAGCAGCCUUCACCUGAACCACACCGUUGGCACCCUCACUGCCAACCUCAGGUUGCAUUUAGGGCCGAGUGACCAAGAGGACGAUGACGAAGACAAUACGGGCGAAUCCGAUUACGUCAACCAGGAGAUGAUUGACAGGGAGAGGCGAUCGUCCUCCUUCACUGCAGCAGGAGGAGAAGGAGACCGGACGGCGGAGGACAGCAGCAGCAGCAGCAGCGCCGCCCCGUCAACCGUGCCCGACCAGGUGGUGGUGUACCGGUUGCCGGGGGAGAGGCUGGGGCUGGGGCUUAAGUUCGACGGCGGUAUGGGAUCGAGGGAGUGUGUCAAGAGGCUUUUCAUACAGAGCGUCGCUCCUGACUCACCAGCUGCUCGCGCUGCAGUACCCUGGGGGGAGCUGCAUCCAGGGGACCAGAUCCUCAACAUCGAAGGAUGCGCCGUGUCGUCGAUGACCCGGGUGCAGUGCGUGUCCUUCCUCAAGGAUGCCGCCAUGAAGAUCACCAUCGGGGUGCUUAAGGGUAAUGGCAUUCUCCCCGAUUUCGAAAACAACGCCUUAGAAAACCAAGAUUAUUACCGUCGCGGUCAGGAACAAGACGAGGAAUGCGAUUCCUCUCGACCCCCACCCCUGAUCGUAGGUGAGAUGAGGAAAAGAGUGCCCCCUCCCCCUUUGCCUCCGAGAUCUAGACCUAGGAAGUCCCCUGCGCGCCCUCCGAAAGACGCCUUACCUGUUCCUCCUCCCCCCAGCGCCUUCCAAGACAUGGAUGAAGACGGCCCUAGUAUGAGAUAUCCUCACCAGAGCUCUUCGUCACUAGACGACGGCGACGACAGGGAGCAUUCCCUUCAGAGGUGGAGGGAGAUGGUCUUCGCCCGUCGAAAUCGGCCUGGGGACUUGCAAGAACUGAUAGAGGACCUGGAAUUCCAUCACCCCGUUUCCUGGAUUACAAGGCGAAUGGAAGAUUCGAUAGACGGCGACCUUCCCCCGAUACCGGCGUUCUACCACGAUUUGGUCGGGGAGGAAGACGCCAUGGGUCCGUGCGAGAGCGAAAGUGACGAGACCAACAGUUCGGUAUCAACGGUGGUCGACCGUUUGUCGCUGUCGUCCUCGACAACUGUUUCCAGAAACUCGUCUUUUAACGCAACUGCGGACACUUCUAGAUUCGACCUCGCUCGCGCGCUGAGUCCGUUUGAACAGUUGGAAAAGGAGUUAGAAACGGAAAACAUGACAGAGGUGUCACUGUCAUCAUCAACGCCCCACACAGCCCCGAGAGAUGACGCCUCUGUGGCCCCUCCCAUUGACCGCACGACGAAGCCUCCGUCUGCCGAAGCCCCGGAUGCAGAAGCGGAGGUAUCGACUUCUACCAGCGGAAGGAAAGCGAGCACUGGCAAAAUGAAAAUGCGACCAUCCAUUAAGUCCUUCUCCUUCAGUCUGAAGGGGCGACCAUUCUCUUGGCAACAAGGCAAGACGCACGAGAGAGGGCCCAGUAGAACCGUCGGGAGGGCCGAGAACUUCCUAUCUAUCAAGAGACACAGUAAGCGGCCGGCGCCGCCCCCUCCCCCUCGCUCUAUCGAAAUGUCUACCUCGCAAACGAACACAGUAGUUACCGUCACUUCGAAUAUGGCAGCAGCAGAGAGCCACUCGGUCCACGACGACUCCGACGAUUACAUAGACAUGGUUGCCGAAGCGGCAAAGCAAGGCAUUACAACCCCCGUCAAUUUAGGGUCGCGGAAAAAGAAUGUGGGCGAGGCCAUCAGUCUCAAGACCACCGAUGAACCCAAGUUGUCACCCGAAUAUUUGAUGAUAUUGAAUUCUCCCGCCGGGGACGAGGCGCCCUCCGAGUUUCCCUCGAAAGGAUUUUACGCUGACAUCGAAGAAGAAAUCAAGAAAGUGAAGAGGUCGAGUGCGGAUGCGUCGAGGGAAGAGAGUUCAAAUUCGGGAGACGAAAGUGAAGAUGACCCACAGGAAGUUCAGAUUGUCGUGAAAGAAAGGGAAAAUGACUAUGUGGAAUUAGUGCCGACGUCGGAGGUAGAAAGCCAUGUGAAGGAAGAAAAGAAACCAGAAAAAAUAGACCCUCAGUCAAUGCCAAAUGAAAAUGACCUACAAGGGUCCGACAAGGCACUGCCUUCGGCAAACACCGUGGAAAUCGAGGCGCAGGUCCACCAAGAAGCGAGUGACACUGAUAAUGUAAGCGAAGUGACAAAGCCCCAAGAAGGACAGAGCAAAGGUGACGUCGAGGAGGGGAAAGGUUUUAUCCCUACCGAGCCCCUGGAGAACAUAUACGAAGGGGAAUAUUUAGGUGAGAGUGACGAUAACGAAGAGGAAAGUGACGAUGCCAAUGGAAGUGACGACGAGGACGAGGGGAGUUACAUCUUGGACCCCGAUCUGUACGACGACUCGGAGGGCUUCUUAUCCUGCUCCUCGCCCAAAAUCUCGCCCCCGAUUCUGUCGUCGAGGAGGAGCUUGAGAUUGCCCAGUCUGAUUAUAAGCGAGGCCAACGAAAUGGGCGUUUAUGAGGACCUCUACGAUGCCUACUCCUCGAUCGACGACAGAUCCCUGGACUUGUGUCUGGAGAGGCCCUUGGUCUUGGGGGACAGGGGCCUCCCCAGUGUCCCUGAGGAGGACAGUGGGGAUCAGGACGAUACGAUAGAGGAAGAGGACCCCUAUAUAUUAUACGAUGACGUCGAAGGGGAAGCGACGAAGGCCAGUGAAGGGAAUGAAAAUGAGGGAAAUGAAUCGCAGAACUGUGAGGCCGCGGAGAAGGAAAGUGAAACCAGUGAAAAUGACCCGAGUGCGCAAUCGGACAGUGCCCCUGAAACAGUGGACAGUGAAAAGGUCAUCAACCGGACUAUUUCACAGGCUUACAAAGCGAAACGCUUGAGACACGACCUCGGGGAACUCAUACGACGGGAGAUGAACCUCGAGGGCGACGUGACGGUCGAGGUCGAGGAGGAGGAGGAGAUCGAGAACCUCGUCGAAUGUGCCAAUGAGGAGGAGCUUCUCCUGGUCAUGCGGGCCCUUCGUCAGGACCAGCCAGGGGAUAAGUUAAGCUCCUGAAAAGGUGGAGGCGUUGCAGUUGACUGUGAAAGAAAAAAUAACUGCUCCUCCAUGGCUUUCAGCGUUGGGAAUAGGCCUAGGCCUCCCACGAGACCGCUCGUUCUCAUACUGCUCCUUAUCUCCAUUGCAA